CGCGUUGGAACGCGUCGGGCCCACUAUCGGCCAUUAGGUGAUGAUGCCAUGUCUCCAAUCUCCAACAUCUGUGGUCUCAUCACUUUCGACUCGCAUUGUGCAUAACGGCGCCCAACCAUUACAUCUGGGAGCACAUGGGUAGCGAAAUGCCUCUUCGCAAGUCAUCUCGAAAGGCGAAUGCGGCUAUUGUGGAAAGCAGUGUGACUAAAACCACUAUUUCAAAGGUCGAAUCUAAGACUCGAGCCGCCAAGCGCAAGGUUGUCGAAACUAGUCCCGAGCCCGAGAUAGCAUCAGAAGAAGACACGGAAAUUAAACAAGUGAAAAAGCGCAAGACUGUAGUGAAGCCAAAGGUGGAAGAGGAACAAUCCACUAUCGAAGAGCCCAAAACUGCUGCGCCCAAGAAGCAGAGGGCAACCAAAACCAAAGCUAAACCUGAAGAUAGUAUGCCGCUCGCAGAGCGCACCGCAAUUGCUUCCUUGAAGAAGGCUAUGCGGAUUGGCGCUCAUGUCAGCAGUGCGGGAGGCGUGCAUAACUCGAUCACGAAUGCCGUCCACAUCGGCGCGAAUGCAUUUGCGCUUUUCUUGAAAUCGCAGCGAAAGUGGCAGAAUCCACCCAUCACUGCCGAAGCACGGGAGGGGUUUCAUAACCUCUCUAAGACGCACAAAUUUGAAGUCCACCAACACUGCCUACCACACGGCUCUUAUCUUGUAAAUCUAGCACAGGUGGAGAAAGAAAAGGCGGAUCAGGCAUACGGCGCAUUUCUCGAUGACUUACAGCGGUGUGAGUUGCUAGGAAUCAGGCUGUACAACUUUCACCCGGGCAAUACAAAUGGCGACGCUCGCGACGCCGCGAUUGGACGCAUUGCAGCCCAGUUGAACAAGGCACACAAGGCAACGAAGACUGUCGUAACUGUUCUCGAGAACAUGGCCGGACAAGGGAACGUUGUUGGCUCGACAUUUGAGGACCUGCGCGACAUUAUCGCACUUAUAGACGAUAAGACCCGUGUCGGCGUAUGCAUUGACACAUGCCAUGCUUUCGCCGCAGGCUACGACCUGCGCUCGUCUAAGGCGUUCGCGGCGACAAUGGCGAAAUUCGAUGAGGUGGUGGGUACAAAAUAUUUACGAGCACUCCAUCUCAACGACAGUAAGGCGCCCUUUGCUUCCCACCGCGACUUGCACGCCAACAUCGGCACCGGAUUCCUCGGUCUCCGUGCCUUCCACAAUGUCAUGAACUACGACUCUCUCGCUGAGCUGCCCAUGGUUCUCGAGACGCCCAUCGACCGGCCUGGACCGGACGGCAAGACCAUCGAGGAUAAACAGAUCUGGGCAGACGAGAUCAAACUGCUUGAAAGCCUCAUCGGCAUGGACGCUGAAACGGCAGAGUUCGCCGCAUUAGAGGAGAAGUUGCAGGCGCAGGGCGCUAGCGAGCGCGCCAAGAUCCAGGAUCAGGUCAAUCGCAAGGGCGUCAAGGAUGCGAAGAAGACGAGCGCGAAGCCGAGAGGGAAGAAAAAGAAGACUGAGGAAGAUUCCGAAUCUGGAUAGUAAAUUUUCAAAGUUAUCAUCAUUGAGGCUACUUGUUUGCAAGCAAAGAACGAAGAAGGCUUGUGUAUAAAGAAUAAGUCUUAUGCUCUAUUCUAUGUGUGUAUAACCCUUGGGGAGAACUCGGUACAUAAUUUGAUGACGAGCAUUGGCGUCUGGGAUGGGAAAUGUAAAUAGGGACGAAAAAGGCUUGGUUUGUCACUUUUUGUUAGCAGCAAAAUUGAUAGAAUGUUUGGUAGCCUACAUUAAAUUUAAUAAUAACAGAAUGUCGACUUUCCCACGUAUGACAAAAGACUUAUAGAAGAAGAGU